UAGAAUAUGAAAAUGAUAUAUCAAGCCCGGACAGACAACCAUAGCCUAGGAAGAAACCAAGAAAACUGACAAACCAGAAAGAUACUCUUCUACGAAGUGACAUAUUAAGAGAGGCCCAUGCAUAACAUUUAUCAUUUAAGAAACCCAUCUCAUUCAAACUAACCCUUUAAGAUCAUUCUACAACAUCUCAGAAAUAUUAACCUUCACAUGAAUCGGUUACGGUUGCUUAGUUUUCUGCUUCUUCUUCUCUUCUCAGAGUUUUAUGUUGGAGCACAAACCUAUGGCUAUGGCGGCCGGGAUGAAGCGCCUUCUCAAGAUGCUGUCUCAAAUUUCAAACCAAGUUUAACUGUUGUUAUUGGUAUCCUCUGUGUCAUGUUUUCGCUUACAUUUAUCCUUCUAAUGUAUGCAAAAUUUUGUCACAGGGGUUCCUCACUUUACAGCAAUCCACAAAACAACCCUGCACUAAUUAGAUCGACCUCAAGAUUUUCAGGAAUUGACAAGACAGUCAUCGAGUCGCUUCCUUUCUUUAGAUUUUCUUCGCUUAAAGGUUCAAAACAAGGGCUUGAAUGUGCAGUCUGUCUAUCCAAAUUUGAAGAUAUCGAAAUUCUGCGGCUACUGCCCAAGUGCAAGCAUGCCUUUCACAUUAACUGUAUCGAUCAAUGGCUUGAAAAACACUCGAGCUGCCCUCUUUGCAGGCACAAGGUCAACGCUGAGGACCCAACAAUCUUUGCUUAUUCAAAUAGUAUGCGUUUCUUGUUCAACCAAUCUGAGGUAAGAGACGACUCUAACAUAGAGCUCUUUGUCCAAAGAGAGGAAGACCAACAUGGUUCAUCAAGAUUCAGCGUGGGAAGCAGCUUCCGGAAAAUUAAAGAGGAAGAGACUGAUAAGGAAGAACAAGUGUUGAUAUUCGACGAAGAUGGCGUUGAAAGCGAUGAUCAAAAAGUUUUGCACAAGUUUAAUCACAAGAUUAUUGUUUCCGAUGUUAUUCUUAAGAACCGGUGGAGUAGUGCAAGUUCUUCAGACUUGAUGCUUUUGAACUCAGAGAUGCUUAAUGUUAUGUCAAGCAACAGAUUCUCUAACUUAGAAGAAAAUAAUAGUGGUGACCAAAUUUCGACACCAAGAGCGAUUGAAAACGAGCAAAUAAAGCAGAUUAAAGAGGAGAUGGAGAUGAAAAGAUUGUUUGAAAUCAAGGUUAGUUCAAUCAACAAAACUAGUAGUAGUCUUGAGGGUGCUUCAGGAUCAGAUUCUAAAAUCAUUUCAAGGAGUUCAGAUCCAGCGAGAAGAUCAGUGUCAGAAAUCACAGCCCUUUCCAGGUUUCAAGAAUUGAAUAUCAAGAACAGAAUUAGAGAAACUUCCUUUGACGGAAACGAAAGAACGAGAAGGGUUUGGUUGCCGAUUGCAAAGAGAACAGUUCAAUGGUUUGCAGAUAGAGAAAAAAGAUCCCAACAGAGGCCUCAGAAAACAUUAGAUGUAUAAAUUUAAUCAAUAACCAAGUAUGUGCUUUUUUUUUUUUUCACCAAACUCGUAUAUUUGAAGAUGUUAGAUAGAUAAAUUAAUAAUACAUGUACGUUUAUAAUCUUCAAAAUGGUUAACGGAUUGAGGGAAAAUGAUUUACAGGAGUUUUGCUAUAUAUAUAUAUAUAUAUGCUUGUUGACUGAUAAUGUGUUUGUGAAAGAUAGAUUUACAGGAACAUUAUCGGGUUUCUUAUUUAACUACAAUUUAUUCUGCUUUGAACAAGAAGUGAUUGCCACCCUGGUCUUAUUGAUCAAGCAUGUUCUUUAUUUUUAUAUAACGACUUCCAUAGGAGGAAAGCCAGUGAAUCAGGUUGUAAGAAUCUCAACCCCAGCUUCAGGAAAAUAUACUUCUAUCGGCCAUUUC